AUGUCAGCUCUGUUCUUAUAGUGCUAGGGAUGGAUCUCAGCUAACUGUGCAUCUUAGAACUCAUACAGGUGAUACACCAUUUCAAUGUAUGGUUGAGAACUGCUCUGCAGCUUUUAAGACAAGUUCAGAUCUCCGUCGUCAUGAACGGCUUCACACAGGUGUUAAACCAUACAAGUGCACAGCAUGUGAUUAUGCUUGUGCCAUAAAAUCCAAUUUGACAGUCCACAUGAGGCUCAACCACUUUCAGGGAGCAAAGUUCAGCUGUACCAAGUGUGAUUUUCUUGGAAAUAGUCGGAAACAACUGAAGGAACACGAAAAAACUCAUGCAAAUGUGCUUAUACAGUGUGAACUCUGUGACCACGUGAGUACAAGUAGCACUGGUCUUCGACAGCACAUGUUGAUACAUUCCCAGGAGAAGCCCUUCCAAUGUCGCUAUUGUUCAUUUACCUGCAAAACUACAGGCAACUUGCGAUAUCAUGUACGUAACAAGCAUGGAUGUGAUGUCUCUGGACGGAAGAAAGGAAAUGGUGCCAGUGGAAUGACGGGAGGAAGAGGUCGAACUGCCACUGGUGCUGGAGGAGGUGCAGGACGCAGAACAGGUCGACCAUCAUGCUACAGACGCUUCAAAUGUAGUGAUUGUGGGAGUGGCUUUGUGAGGGAGGACUCUUACAGAUCUCAUAUGCGACAGCAUCAGAAGCACAAAGUCGCUCAAGCUAUAACGGGAAAGAUGGAACCAGAUGUUUUCAGUGUAGUUGUUCAGAGCCCUCUGUUGGCUACCAUUAGAAUGAGUCAAUUGACAAUUGUAACUCAGCAUAUUGAAAUUACUAUUUCUUCCAUAACUCCACUUUGCCAUCACCGGUAA